GUCCAUGGCAGUUGACAAGACAGUUCUGAGCACCUGCUGGGGCGCCUUGCUGCUGGAAGGAGCAGCAAAGGUGGAGGUGCCACGGUGCUGAGAGGGGCUAUCCUAGGCUCCAUUUGUAAAGCCGUUCAUUAAAGGAGGCUAGGAGCCACUACCGAGAGGAAGUGGGGCGUGGAAAUUGCACUGUGCUGCAUGUAAGAACUAAAGGGCAAUUGUGAAGCAGACAAUCUUCUCGGAGCUGUGAUUGAGAGAGCCAGCAGCAUCUGUAAGAGGAUUGCUCCUAACCCGGUCUGCAAGACGUCUUGGGGUUUGUAAAGACAUAGUAAUCCACAGGGGGAGCUGUCUUUCAGUAUUAUUAGUUAGGGACAAGGUCAAAGUCUCGUCAUGUCUUUUGGAGAUCUAGUGUAGCUGUGAACAAACUUGCGCAAUCUUCUUGGCAGAUGAGGUUCCAUGUAUUACACCCCUUACACUAAAGCAGUCACGCUUUCUCAAUACCCGAUGUGCUGCCUCAUUCAGCGGUUGCAAUGUCAGCGAGUUCAAGGACUCUCUCUACCUUCUCUCUUGGCCGUGGACCUGCUGCUCCCUCCCUGUGCAUCCCGCCGGAACCCCUGACUCCCGAUUUGACACAGCUAACUGAUAGGUCGCCACUUCUGGGGUCUGCGGGGCUGCUUUUUGCCGGCCAGAGCACUCCCCCAGCCACCAGCCCCCCCAACACUGUCCUCACCAGUCCUAUCUCAACAUUCAGCACCAGUGUGAUCAGUCUCCCUCGCACUCCUGUAAGGACUGUGAACAGGUUGCCUGCGAGUCAGUCCCCGCCACCCCCUGUGUUCACCAUGAGCAGCACCGCUCCAACGCAGGGUGGAGAAGGGGAGACUCAGGGGGCGCAGGCAGGCAACCAGCAGAUUCGACAGCGCAGCAGUCCCCUCAACUCUGUAUAUUGGCUCGCUCUCGAGCUGUUUGUAACCCUAGCGCAGAUUAUAUCCUCCAUCGUCGUUCUGUCGGUGUCCACGGACGAGCGGCCAAAGGUGCCUCUAGGGCUAUGGAUCAUAGGUUACGCAUCAGGCUGUUUCGCUACCCUACCAAUCCUGCACUGGCGCUACGCACACAGGCGGACUCGGACUCGGCAGUCCGGGGGUUCUCAAGUUCGGCAGCGACAGAUGCAAGAUCAGGAGACCUCCGUUGUGCAAGGACAGGAUGCAGCACAGCUGCCGGCCCCUGCGCCUGACGCCAACAACAACUCCGGGGUCUCUUCGUCUCUGCAAUUCCCGUCAAGCGACGCGGGUUCUGCGCGCACGCGCAACAGGCAGUCCCCCACUGAUCCUGUGAUUCAACAGGGGGCCACUGCAGUACCCGCCUCUUCUUUAGCGACCGAGACGGUCGUUGACCUGGGGGCUGUUCAGCCAACAAGGACACGACGCUUCGAUGAUACCUCGUGGACUCUCUUCAUUGAGCGACUGAAGAUCUGUCUCGAUUGCUUCUUUGCUGUGUGGUUUGUCACCGGCAACGUCUGGCUCUUUGGCGGCAACGCGUCCGCUCACGACGCUCCGAAUCAGUAUCGGUUGUGCAUAGUGUUCCUCACAUUCAGUUGCCUGGGCUAUGCCAUGCCCUUCAUCCUGUGCGCCACCAUCUGCCUACUGCUGCCCUGCAUAGCACUGAUGGGCUUUGUGGAUGAGCCCAUGACAGGCCGCGGUGCCUCAAAGGAGGUCAUAACGUCCUUCCCGACCUACAAGUUCAAGGCGCUUGGGAGCGUGAAAAGUAAGCGGCUGACGCGUCAGUCAUCAACCAGCGACUCGGAAGGGGAGGCCGACCGCACCGCCCGGGGUGGCAUCCUCGCAGCCGGAACACCCUCAGAGAGGCCUGUCGCGGCUGAGGAUGCGCUCUGUUGCAUAUGCCUGGGGCAAUACAAAGAUGGGGACGAGCUUCGGGAGCUGCCUUGCACUCAUCAUUUUCACAGCUCGUGUGUUGAUCAGUGGCUCAAGAUCAACGCCAGUUGUCCCCUUUGCAAAUCGGAUAUGAUUGGUGGGGCCGAUCCUUCCGCUAUGGAAAGCGGACAACGGCCAACAACUGUGGCAAGUCAGACUGACCCUGAAAGAAGGGACGCGAUUAACCCCGUUGAGGAACUUGUAUAGGCGAUGUACAAUUAGAUAGAUACUGACUUCUGUCACUGUCAAUAUACUGCAUACGGUUGCCACUGUCUUGUCUUGCAGACGAAGAGUCUGUCGGUCUAUCUUCCAAGAAAUGAUCCUGCGGCAAAUUUGGCAGUGGUGUCAAUUUGCAAGGCACCUGAACAGCCCUGAUUUAAUGAAUGAAUGUUGAAUUCUUGGCCUUUCAAUGAACAAGUUCCGAAGGGGUACACUCCGGCU